AUGUCCAGGAACGGCCAAUCCGAGUUCGGCGGCCUCCAUGUUUUUGCGGGGCGGAAGCGGGCGGGGCGCCGGCCACGGAGGGCCUCUGAGUGCUUUACACUGCGUCGCGUCACCCUGUAUCGUCCGCGCCUCCUUACGUUUUCACCCUGCCCAGCCUCGGAGCCUGACAAUGCCCACUCACAGAAAAUCCCAAAGCUCCAGGUCCGUGAGGCCCGAGAGAAGAUCCUGCAACGUAUCUUUGGGACCAGCCAGGUGUUCUACAGUGUUAGUGAUAUGAAACCAAGGAUGACAGGGUCAACAGUGCCUGUCAAAGUCAGAGAGUACUAUCACCAAGGCCAUCAGUGCCUAGAACAAGAGGACUGGGAGAUGGCUGUGCUUUUCUUCUCCCGUGCUCUCCACCUGAACCCCAAGCUGGUUGACUUCUAUAUUUUCCGUGCUGAGGCCUUCAUCCAGCUCUGCGACUUCUCCUCUGCCCUGCAGAAUCUUCGCAGGGCUUACUCCUACCAGCCAGAGAAUAGCAAAUACCUGGAGCGACUGGCCUUUGGUCAGUGCCUGUAUGAGCUGUGUGACUUCCAGGAAGCCCUGUAUAUCUUCUUGCAAGCCUCUGAUCUCCAGCCCCAGAACCCUUCCUUCAGUUACCGCUGCAUAGCCUGCCUGCUGGCCCUCAAGCGGCAUCAGGACUGCCUCUUACUGGCAACCAGGGAGGUGAAGCAAGGCAGGGCCACUGCUGAUGUUUAUAUCCUCCGGGCCCGGAUCUACAACUUCUUCCAGAAGCCCAAGCUCUGCUAUCAGGACCUUCGAAGCGCCUUGCUCUUCGAUCCCAAGCACCCACAGGCCAAAGGGCUGCUCCAGAUGAUGGUGGACCAGGCCAAGCAGUCCCUCCAAGACGCCAGCAUCCUGGCUGUGCAGGGAAAACUGCACCGGGCACUGAAGUGUAUCAGCUGUGCCAUUGAGAACAACCCCCUGGACCCCAACCUCUUCCUCUUCAGGGGUACCUUGCUCAGAAGGCUCCAGCAAUUUGACCCAGCAGUGGAAGACUUCCUGAAGGCACUGGACAUGGUGACUGACAGCCAAGACAACCUGGUGCAGAAGGCACAGCGCCAGCUGCUGCUGACCUACAAUGACUUUGCUGUGCACUGCUACACCCAGGGUGCCUAUCAGGAGGGUGUGCUGCUGCUGAACAAGGCCAUCAGGGACGAGCAGAACGAGAAGGGCCUGUACAUCAACCGUGGGGACUGCUUCUUCCAGCUGGGCAACCUGACCUUCGCGGAGGCGGACUACAAGCAGGCGCUGGCACUGAGCCCGCAGGACGAGAGAGCCAACCUACGAAUGGGUGUGCUGCAGGAGAAGAUGGGACUCUGUGAGCAGACACGAAGGCAGUUCCAGAAAGCGGAGGACCACUUCUCAGCAGCCAUAAAGCACAACCCUGAGAAGGCCCAGUACUACCUGCACCGGGCCAAGAGCCGACAGCUCCUGCAGAACAUUUUGGGGGCCCGCCAGGAUAUUGCCACUGUGCUGCUCCUGAACCCCAACUAUCCAAAGAUGGGCCCAGUGAUGACCAAACUCUUUCCUGGUAUGUCUGUGGAGGAAGUGCUUAAUAGCCAAGUGGCCCAACUGGCCAAGCUCCAGCUAAGUCGGAUGAUAGAAAAUGGUCCGAAGGCCAGCCACCCACAAAGCAUUGUGGCGAAGAGAUUAAUGGAGCGCCAGAGAGCCAGAGCCUUGAUGAAGUCCUGGAAUUGGGAGCAGCUUUUCACUGAGAUUCCAGACGAGGAAGUAGCUGCUUCCCAGAUCCCACAGGGAAAGACCCCAAGAGACAAGACUGAACUCAAGAGAAAGGGAACAGAGGAGAAAAAGCUCCCCACCAAGGUGACAUCCCUGUCAGACAGCUACGUGGACCAGACCUCCUCAGGCUCAGUCUUCAGCAUCCUAAGCCCAAGCACCUCAGGAACAGAGAUGUCAGCCAGUCAGGAGUACAGGAGCACUUCCAACACAACUACAUCUGAAUACUCACUGCCUCGGCACUCAAACCCCAGGAAGUACAGAGAGAGCCUAGACCAGAGCAGUGCCCCAAAGGUCACCCAGGUCUUUGAGUACCUACACCAGAGCUUGACUGAGAGCAUACCUGACUAUGGUCAAAGACACCACUCCAGCAAGGCAGAGGCCGCCCAAAGCCCAAAGCCCAAGCCCAGGAAGACAGAGCCUCCCCAAAGCCCAGGAAGACAGGACCCCAGCCAGAGCUCUAGCGUAUCAGAAGCCACUGAGGACCCAAAGCCUAGCAAGAAUAGGCCUGCCCUGAGCCCGAGACAGAGGCUCAGAAGAGCCAAAGCUAUUCACGCCCAGAGAUGGAAACCCAAGACCAAGGGCAACAGCCAGAAACUAAGAAAGACUUUCAGUGAGCUUUCCAAUGUCCGGAGUGGGAAGAUCAGUAGUUCCAGUGAGGCCCAGGACCAGAGUCCAGUGCCCGGCAAGACUGAGGAUACCUCAAGCUACACUGACAGUACAGCAACAAGUUCCAGCAAUAUUGACCCCUUGGAGCUGAGCUUACAUCUCAGCAAACCCAAGUAUUCUGAGGACCAGAAUCCAAGCCCCAGUAAGGCGGAAGUUUCACCCACCUCUAACAACUAUACUGCUCCCUGAAAGGGCCAAUGAAGGCCUCACUGAGGAGAACAUUUUGUCCCAAACCCUAGCUUUCAGAAGAGCUGCCUCCUCCAAGGGCAACAAGCAACCCUGGUCAAUGUUCCAAUCCCAUGGCUACGUUUAUUAUCCCUGUCCUCUUCCUGUACAAAAUUAAAAACUUUGAAAUUCAG